GUUAAAUUAUUGCAAAAUAUGUCGUUUUAUAGCCCAUCACAGUCAUUCUCUUCUCAGAGGAGCUGAAUGCAAUCUUCAAAGAUGAAUAGUUCCAGAGCAAGUUCACUGUUUGGCUCAAGGAGCACAGAGCCGAUUGAUUAUGAGUUUGCUCUUAAGGUCCCAACAAUGUCACUGUCUCCAACUUGUGCAGGAGGAGAGAUGUUAAAGCUGAGGUUUAACACCCAGAGCAAUAUUCAUGAUGUCGUUCUUGAAGCUGAUGAAGUCAAUCCGACUCCUGGAGUCGGGACAGAGGUGGUUUUCUAUUCAAAAGUAAAAAUUCAUACUAUAAUGAGCUUUGAUUGCAAGACUCCUCAAGAGAAAAUGGUUAAGAUUACUCUACAAGACUGCUCUCAUGGGAAUCCUGUAGAUAUAUGCCAUACUCGGCUCGAUCUAGCCGAGAGUAUCAAGGAAUGAAUGCAAGAUAAGAUCACAACAGUAGUUGAAAACCUUGAUUUUGCCAAGAAUAUGGGUCGAAUGUGUCUACAUAUCACUCCGAAAAAGUUAGUACUGAGAGAUAAAGUCAAUAUGGCUCUUGCUAAACCUCCAGUGCACACUCCAAUUAGUCGGAUGCCUACCUCUCCUCAUAAAACCCCUCAUAGAGUCUUCCAAGAGAACAAUGACAGAGAGAACACUCAUCGCGAGAGCACUCAUAGUGAGGUAGACAUGUUCUCAAGGAGUAAUCUCAGAAGAAAAACUAGUACUGGAGCAAAGGAAAAUUGGAACGAUGUCAGCUUCUGACCUCCUGAAGAAGAACCCCUGGAAGAGGAUCUGAGUGAGGGUCAAUGCCAUUAUAAAACAGAUAGGAAGAAGAGAUCUAGUAGUCAAAUAACAUUUAAGAAACCCCAAGGGAUGGGCAAGAUCAAGCCGAACGGUAGACCAAGUCAGAUUAUCAUGAGAAAUGAAUUCGACUUAACUAAUAAGAACGACCCCCUUGGUAGGAAGGGUGGAAGCUCAAUCAGAAGCGUAAUUGAAGAUUCGGUGAGCAAGAUCAGCGGCUCAGACUCUGUUUCAAAUGCUUUUAACAACAGCAUUUUUACUUCUGGUACAAAGAAAGCUAAAAAGUUAAAGGUGAGAAAUAUGAAAGAUCGUUAUACUCGGGAAAAGAAUCUAACUAAAACCUCAAAAGCACCAAUGGAUUAUCAGCUUCAUGAACCUUCCAGGAAUCUCUACAAAGAUCUUAGUGAAGCAGAUAGGAUAAAUAAACUGAGUUGCACUGCUUCUGAGUCUGGACUUUCGGUUUCUGAGAACUCCAUGGUCAGCAGCGUCUCUUCCAUUCCAAAUUUCUGUGAAAAAGACAUUGUGAAGAACGAAGAUGACAAAAUAGAAUUUGUGAACAAGUACCAACAAGCUAAGAGUAAGGAAAAGAAAUACAGGAAGGAGCUCAAGGUGCUUAAACUUGAAAGAAAGCAGCUCCAGCUCAAGACAGAGGAUGUUGAUCAGCAUCUUAAAGAAGAAUCUCAUAAAAUUAUUGAUAAAGCCAUGGCAAAGAUUAAUGACAAAAUUGAGAAAUCAGGCGGCAGACCCAAGAUGAAUAAGUUAUUAGCCAAGAACCUCAUUGGCCCUCUGCUAUCACUCUGUAUGGCUGAUCAGGAGAGAUCUGAUAUGAUAAUCGAGCUGAUUAGGAACGGUCAAAAUGAUGGAGCAGCCUCUGCUCAUUCUGUCACUCCUACAAAAUCAGUUAGAAGUACUAAAGAUAAUGGGAAAUCCAAGAGCGAAAUUGAGAAAUUACAGAAAAAGAUCAAGAAACUUGAGACUGAGAACAAAGCUCUCAGAUUCGACGUCAAUGAAAACUCUCGGCUCUUCGAAGAACAAAGCUGCAGUCUUGCAGACGAACGUAAAAGAAUGAAGAAAGUUCAGAAACAACUAGAUUCCAUUCAUGAAGAAGACAAGAAGGAGAAGGAAGGAAUCAACUCUAAAAUAAGCAACUAUAAGACAAGGAUAGUCUUCUUAGAGUCUCAAGUCGAAGAACUUGACAAGAAGAACAAGGAGUUUGAAAGUAAAAAGAAGAAGGACAAGAAAGAACAAAAGACUAAAAUAUCCAAGAUUAAGGAAGAAAAAGGAGCUGUAGAGAAGAAGCUCAAUAACUUGAGAGAGAAAUUUGAGGAUCUUAUUGAGAAUGAGAAGGCCCUCAAAGAUGAAAUUGAACUAAAAAAUCAGUCGAUAUCUAACCUUGAUACUCAAGUAAAAGACCUAGAAGCUAAACUGGUCGAAUUGAAGACCGAUUUGGCAGAUAAAAUGUAUGAACUUGAGAUCAAAUAG